GUUGUAUAUCAAAUUCCUAUUGAAGGAAAUAAAUCAAAAUCAGCUGGAAGCAUUUCCUCGGUUUUGCAAUGGAUUUUUUAUCAAUUAAAUUCUGCAGAUACUUCGGUUGAAAUAUCAGAGUUAACAAGAUUCUUUGGAUGGAAUUUAUUUUUUAUGAAUGAUGUCCGAGAACUUAUUAGAGUAAUACAGGAUGAUAUCAGAAAAAAGAUAAAGAAUACAAAAGUAGACGGCGCAAUUUCUAAACUCUUUGUUGGCACAAUAAAAAGUUAUAUUAAAUGUGUUAACGUAGAUUAUGAAUCUUUACGUAUUGAAGAUUAUUAUGGUAAAACAAAUAUUAUUAUACUAUGA